UUUGAAUACAAUAUUAUGCUAGAUGUAAUAAAAUUCGAAGGAUUGGCACGUGUUACUGGAACAUUGGAUAAUACGAUUGUGUACGCUGAGCUAGCUAUAAAUGUGGCAAACUUCAAGCUUCAUCUUAACGAUUUCCGAAUUAUUCAGUUCAGCAGUAUUCAAGUGGAAUUGGACCAAUCACGAUUAAUCAGGCAGAUGACCAGCAUUAUUUUAAGUCCAAUCACAAGUUUGUUUAAAGACGUCAUUACAAUGUCGAUAGCUGAUGGGUUAAAAGAACAAAUGCAAUCGACCUUGGAUGAUUUUAAUGAUGGAGAUCCUUUACAACUGCACGUAUUUGCAAAUAAACUACUGUCGAGAAAAAUUGCAAAUGUUUCGGAACACCAAAUGUAAAAAUAUUGCUUACAUAUUUAAUUUAUGUAUCUAAUAAUCUACAUAAUAUUCAAUUAUUUUUAAACUGUUAUGUAUUGUAUUACCUUUUUAUUACUUUUAUUUUCUUGCUAAUAAAAUCCUAAAUAACCGA